AAAGAAAGAAAGAAAAAGAUAAAUCAACAUCGCUUGAUCUUAAUUACGCGAAAGGUUAAAGAUAAAUCAAAAUUAAUAUUCUGGAAUGAGAAUAAAGAGCUGGUUCGAGUAAAGGUUAAAGAUACUCUUGACAGCAAGAAGCUAGGAUAUGGCUUUCAAGAUGCUCCUGUUCCUUGGCUGAAAAUUAGACCACCACCAAAAUUAUCAAGGCAGGAAAAAUCACGUCGUGCAGCUGAAAAAAGCGUUGUAUUAACACCAAUUAGUGCAUUCCCUGUUGUCUUGGAUAAAGUCAUAAGUGUGGAGGUUUCCAGGCCAAAGAAAUCAAGAAGCGCGACGGAGAAAGAAGAUGAAGAUGAAGUUUUAGUUAUUGAAGGGAUUGAGUAUGAAGAAAAUCAAUUAAUUAAGUUUGAUGUCCUCGUCAACGAUGAACCUGAUUCACCUGGUGGACCAGACAAGUCCGAGUUUGCAGGAAGUUUCGUCAAUGUGCCUCACAAGCAUGCAAAAAAAUCAAAGACAACUAUGGUAUUGGGGAUUACAGGAUUGAUGGAAGAUCCGGAAGCUGAAGGAGAUGAAACCCUUGUGGUGACUUUCGUGCCUCGGACUGGUGGUGAUUUUGUUACCGUUGCCAAUGUCAAGAUUGAGUUUGUCGCUGACUGAUCAUGGUGAUGAGAGGACAUAUGCUACCAUUUUAUUUUCUUUUCUUUUUUUCCUUUUGCCUUUUCUUGUUUUUUCUCUUUCUAUGUCAGUAUUCAGUGAGUUUUCUCUUUUUUCUUUCAAGAUGCUCAACUAAUGGACCGUAUUUCAAUUUGAAUACUACAAUGGUUUCUUA